CCUCCCGGCUGGCGCCGGGGCCGGGGCGCGGCGGAGCCAAUGGGAGCGCUGGGGAGCGCGCGCCGGGUCGGGAGCAGCCUUGAGUAGUGCUUGGCUGUGCCCCUCCUGAGUGCUCCAUAGGAAAGCGGCGAUGAUCACAUUCAUGAACAAUUCGGACAGUGAGGAGGAGCCCUGCAAUGAGAGAACAUCCCUGAUGUCUGCAGAGAGCCCUCCAGUACCCUCCUACCAGGAUGGCCUGCAAGCCUCGGAAGCAGGGGAAGUGCAGGCACACAGGAAGCGGCGAGCAGGUAGCAGCCGUAGCCCAAACAAUAUUGCGGGUGGAGAAAUGCCUGGCUCGGGUGUUCCAGUGAGAGAAAGCGCCCCGGAAAAUGAAGAGGAGGAACUGACUCUGAAAUAUGGAGCAAAGCAUGUAAUCAUGCUCUUUGUGCCUGUCACCCUUUGUAUGAUUGUUGUCGUCGCCACCAUAAAGUCAGUGCGCUUCUAUACGGAGAAAAACGGGCAGCUGAUCUACACCCCUUUCAGUGAGGAUACCCCGUCUGUAGGCCAGCGCCUCUUGAACUCGGUGUUGAACACUAUCAUAAUGAUCAGUGUCAUCAUUGUAAUGACUGUGUUCCUAGUUCUGCUCUAUAAAUAUCGCUGCUACAAGUUCAUCCAUGGCUGGCUGAUCCUGUCCUCUUUGAUGCUGCUCUUCCUCUUUACCUACAUAUAUCUUGGUGAAGUAUUGAAGACCUACAAUGUGGCCAUGGAUUACCCCACUCUGUUCUUAGUCAUCUGGAAUUUUGGAGCUGUUGGAAUGAUUUGCAUCCACUGGAAAGGUCCCUUGCAGCUCCAGCAAGCAUAUCUCAUUAUGAUCAGUGCUCUAAUGGCAUUGGUUUUCAUUAAAUAUCUACCUGAGUGGUCAGCAUGGGUGAUUCUAGGUGCAAUCUCCAUCUAUGAUCUGAUGGCUGUUCUCUGUCCCAAGGGGCCACUGAGAAUGCUGGUAGAAACUGCACAGGAGAGAAAUGAGCCAAUUUUCCCUGCAUUAAUAUAUUCCUCUGCUAUGAUGUGGACAGUUGGAAUGGCAAAGCCAGACACAGCAGCAAGAGGAUCAAGUCAGCAGACAUGGGAUACAGCUGAGGAUGGGAGAGAACGCCACAGGAGCCCUUCACAUGCAGACUCUCAGAUGUCAGAGACGAGGAGUCCUGUUCCAACCCGCCCCAUCACUUCUUUAGAGGAGCUCGAGGAGGAGGAAAGGGGCGUGAAGCUGGGCCUUGGAGACUUCAUAUUUUACAGUGUGCUUGUUGGGAAAGCAGCUGCCACAGCUAGUGGAGACUGGAAUACUACGCUCGCCUGCUUUGUAGCCAUUCUCAUAGGUUUAUGCUUAACACUUUUAUUACUGGCUGUUUUUAAGAAGGCACUGCCUGCUCUUCCCAUCUCCAUCACCUUUGGCUUGAUCUUUUACUUCUCGACAGACAACCUUGUGCGACCAUUCAUGGACACCCUGGCCUCCCACCAGCUGUAUAUUUAGAAGAAGUGGGAGUUAGAGGAUUCUUUUUCAAGCUUUGCUGUGAAGUAUGGUACACUGUUUGGAAUAGGUCAUAAAGUUUUUACACGUAAUGCCAUAUAUUUGUAAGGAAAACACUAAUUCUGUGACAUGCUGUGUACUAAAAAUCUAAUAGUUAUCGGUUAAACUGAGAUUUUUCACAGGAUUCUUGGUGAAAAGCCUGGCUCCUUGCUGAUGUCAGAGUGUUACUUUUAUGUUAUUUGAUGUGCACAGUGGCUGUUGUGAGCACAGAAACCUGUAUGUAGAAUGGGACACUAGAGAGGUGAGGGGUCUGAUCUGGUCUGAUCUUCCAGAAGCUAAGGUGUUUUAGCCCUGGAACUGCAGACAACUUUAACUGUGCUGUGGAAUUUCUGAGUUUUCAUACAUUUGAGGUGUUGUGCAAACACGAGCUUCAAGUAAUUAGAAAAGCAGAGCAGGCAACGUGCACAGAACAGAGCAGCGUGUGAGCACUGGAGCAGUGAGGCUGAACUUCGUCAGUUGGCUGCUGUGCACACAACGUCUGUUGAAAGUGCCCCAAAUGCCUAUUUAUUCUGACCUUAGUUAGACAUAGCAAGCCAUGAUGGAUCUAGACAGGGUGUCAGUGGUGGGAUGCAUCCCUCACUGCAGCCAACAGCUAAUGGAGGCGGGGCUGCCCAUUCCAGCACACUGGAUCCUCAGCGUGGGAAAACAGAUACUUUACUGCUCUCUCCUCCCAAGGUUUUAUUUUUUUUUAAAAUAUUUUUCUGGGUCCAUACUGGAAUCCUCAAAUUACCCUAAGGUGGAAAUGACUGAACAACUCCAGUAAAUCAGACCUGUAACUCAUUGUGUGUGUUUCUGGUCUCAUUUCUGUGCAUUGUUGUAACUACUCCAAAGGAGGAAUUACCUUCCCUUUAUGAAGAGGUCCCUCUCUUACACUGAUUGAGGCUUGGUUUGCCUAGGUUUUUGUACAGUUUAAAGACUUUUUUUUUUCAUUACAAGUUUUAAAAUAGCUAUUUACUUUCAAAGGGACUCUUUUGGAAAUAUCCUGUCAUAGUUUGUAUCAAAAUAUUGGGGUGCAAACUUUAAUCUGCUGUUACAUUGCUUCUAGGAAUAGUUACACACACUCAAGUGAGUUCAUUAAAAAAAUUGGUGCUUGGUGCCAGUAAAAAAUAUAUAGGUCUGACUUAACCUUUAUGUUUUCUCCACCUUUGAAAAUGACUUUAUUUCUACUCUGAGAGUCAGUUUUUCAGUAAUAGCCAAGUUCUGUGAUUUUCUCCUUUCCUUUUUACUUGAGUGUUUGUUAUGCAAACAAGCUUUUUUUUCUUUGACAGCUGAUCAAUGUCAGAAUAUGUAACACAAGAUUUUGUGAAUAAUGCAACGUCAGUGAGAGAUGGAGAACUUUAUCUCUGAAAAACUUUUUAGAUAAGGCUUUGAAUUACACAUUUUUAAUGUAGUACCUUUUUCUAAUAAACUUGUUCCAGCUAA